GCCCACGUCCCCGGCUGGGCGGCAGCGGGUCGGCGACGCUGAGAUGCUGCUAGCGGCGGCGCUGGGGAGCAGCCAGGCGGCCGCGCGGGCGGGGGCCAGGGGCUGAGCCGGGGUGAGCCGGCCAGGGCGAGCCAGCAGUGCGCACAGCCCUGCCCGCUGCCCCCGGAGAGACUCCCCUGCCGCCCCUCGGCUCUCCCCGGGGUUGGAGCGAAGCUCCCCGGGGUGCGCAUCAUUGCUUUGGGUGACUACAGCGUGUGUUUUUUCUUUCUCCUUUCCCCUCCCUGUAUGCCCUUCUCCAGGAUGGCAGAGGCGGAAUUGCACAAGGAAAGGUUGCAAGCCAUAGCAGAAAAAAGAAAGAGGCAGACCGAAAUAGAAGGCAAGCGACAACAGCUUGACGAGCAGAUACUUCUGCUGCAGCAUUCCAAGUCCAAAGUGCUUCGGGAGAAAUGGCUGCUGCAGGGCGUACCCGCUGGAACUGCUGAAGAGGAAGAAGCCAGGCGGCGGCAGUCUGAGGAGGAUGAGUUCAGAGUCAGGCAGCUUGAAGACAACAUUCAGAGGCUGGAGCAAGAAAUACAAGCACUAGAAAGUGAAGAAUCCCAGAUAUCUGCCAAAGAGCAAAUCAUCUUAGAGAAGCUAAGAGAGACAGAAAAAUCCCUCAAGGACUUUCAAAAGAGCUUCUCCAAUACGGAUGGAGAUGCAGUAAGUUACAUUUCCUCCCAGCUCCCCGACCUGCCAAUCCUCUGUUCACCAACAGCAGAACCGUCACCUGGGGAGGACAGGACCAGCAGAGCGGCUGCUGCGUACGCCAUGGAAAUUAAUGUGGAGAAAGACAAACAAACAGGAGAGACCAAGAUUCUCUCUACACCCACCACUGGCCCAGAGGGGGUCCAUCAGAGAGGAGUCAAAGUCUAUGAUGAUGGUCCCAAGGUGGUCUAUGAGGUGCACUCAGGAGGCACCGUAGUAGAAAAUGGAGUGCACAAAUUAAGCGCAAAGGAUGUAGAAGAGCUUAUGCAGAAGGCUGGACAAUCAACCUUACGAGGAGGGCACGUCUCAGAAAGUACUGUGGUUGCAGAUGGGAGCCUCAGCCACUCUAAGGAACACAUGCUCUGCAAAGAAGCCAAGUUAGAAAUGGUGCAUAAAUCUAGGAAAGAGCAUUCUUCUGGGAACCCAGGGCGGCAGGCCCAAGCCCCCAGUGCUGAAGGGCCAGUGGCAAACCUGGAUCAGCCAGUCACCAUGAUUUUUAUGGGCUACCAAAAUAUCGAGGAUGAAGAGGAGACUAAAAAGGUGCUAGGCUAUGAUGAAACUAUCAAGGCAGAAUUGGUCCUCAUUGACGAAGAUGAUGAGAAGUCAUUGCGGGAGAAGACUGUGACGGACGUGUCCACUAUUGACGGGAAUGCAGCAGAGCUUGUAUCCGGGAGGCCGGUGUCAGACACCACAGAGCCCUCAUCCCCAGAAGGGAAGGAAGAGAGCCUGGCCACAGAGCCUGCCCCAGGAGUCAAGUGGGAGAGUGUGCUGCUAAAAGGAGGCAAGACAGCCUCAGAUGCCAUAGAAACAUCCAGCCCAGACAUGACUAUCAAGAAGCCUCCCCAGCUUUCCGAGGAUGAUAUCCGGCUAAAAACCGAGAGAGACACCUGUCGGGCCAAUCUCCUGGAGCCUGCUACCUGCUCUCUGCCUCCAGAUCACCAAAAAAUGGAAAUUGAGGUCUCUGUUGCAGACUGUACAAGUGUUCCUGGAAUCACCUCCACCCCACACUCCACGGACCACACCUCCUCUUUCUAUUCAUCCUCCCACAAUGGUCUCCUCACUGAUCACCAGGAGUCCCUAGAUAAUGAUGUGGCCAGAGAGAUCCGAUACCUAGACGAGGUGCUGGAGGCCAACUGCUGUGACUCUGCUACAGACGGCGCCUACAACGGAACCUCCUCCCCAGAGCCUGGCACAGCCAUCCUGGUGGGCAGCCCAAGCCCCCCUGCCCACACCACCAUCCAGGCAGAGCCCACAGAGAGAGCGGCUUGCAGGCAGUCGCCUCCUCACAUUGAGCUCAGUCAAAGCAACUCACACGCCAUGGCAGAGGGUCAAAGGGCGAAUGGCCUCUCUCCGGGCCAGCCCAGGGACGCGCUGGGGGACAGCCUGCAGGCCCCCGUGAGCCCCAGCUCCUCGACCAGCUCACGGUGUUCUUCCCGUGAUGGGGAGUUCACGCUCACCACGCUCAAGAAGGAAGCCAAGUUUGAGCUGCGUGCCUUCCAAGAGGACAAGAAACCCUCCAAGCUCUUUGAGGACGAUGAGUAUGAGAGAGAACAAUACUGUGUCAGGAAAGUGAGGCCAUCAGAAGAAAUGCUAGAGCUGGAAAAGGAAAGGAGGGAACUCAUCCGGAGUCAGGCUGUGAAAAAGAAUCCUGGCAUUGCAGCAAAGUGGUGGAAUCCCCCCCAGGAGAAAACCAUCGAGGAGCAGCUGGAUGAGGAGCAUCUGGAGUCGCACAAAAAGUACAAGGAGCGCAAAGAGAAAAGGGCGCAGCAGGAGCAGUUGCUGCUGCAGCAGCAGUUGCAGCAGCAGCAGCAGCAGCCGUCCCCACCACAGCUCUGCACGGCCCCUGCAACCUCUCGUGAGCGUUCAAGCAUGGCUGAAAACGCAAAGGAGGACAUCGUCACAGAGCAGAUAGAUUUCUCUGCUGCUCGCAAACAGUUCCAGCUGAUGGAGAAUUCCAGGCAAACAGGAGCCAAGGGCCAGAGUACACCCCGGCUGUUCUCUAUCAAGCCCUUCUACAGGCCUCUGGGGUCAAUCAACUCGGACAAGUCACUGACCAUCACGCGCCCCGCUUCUGUCGGGGGAGUGCCAGAAGACAGCGCCACCUCGAUAGCCAAGGGGCAGAAAGCUUCCAGUGCCCUAGAGAGCCAGUCUGCAGGAGGAGGCCAGGGCAGCGCAGCUCCCCAGGGAAAGGAAGGGCCCUACAGUGAGCCCUCUAAACGUGGGCCCUUAUCUAAACUGUGGGCAGAGGAUGGAGAGUUUACGAGUGCGCGGGCUGUUCUCACCGUGGUCAAGGAUGAAGACCAUGGGAUUCUGGAUCAGUUUUCAAGAUCGGUCAAUGUCUCUUUGACCCCAGAGGAGCUUGACUCUGGUCUGGAUGAGUUGUCGGUGAGGUCCCAGGACACCACCGUCUUGGAGACCCUGUCCAAUGAUUUUAGCAUGGACAACAUCAGUGACAGUGGGGCCUCCAAUGAGACAACCAGUGCCCUCCAGGAGAACUCAUUGGCUGAUUUCUCUCUGCCCCAGACUCCACAAACUGACAACCCCUCAGAGGGCCGAGGAGAAGGCGGCUCCAAGUCAUUUAGCGAUCAUGGUUUCUAUUCCCCUUCUUCCACACUGGGAGGCUCUCCAUCGGUUGAUGACCCCUUGGAAUAUCAGGCUAGCCUCCUGGUGCAGAAUGCCAUUCAACAAGCCAUAGCCGAGCAAGUAGAUAAAGCUGCUGUGUCCAAGACCAGCAAGGAUGGAGCAGGACAGCAGGGACCUCAAGCAACUCUAGAGGAAGCUGAAGCUGGGGCUCCCAGCUCGGAGAAACCUCAGAGCACGUUUGAGCCCCCUCAGGUGUCUUCUCCUGUUCAAGAGAAAAGGGAUGUGUUACGAAAGAUAAUGCCUGCUGACGACAGAGCACUCAGGGAAAGGGAGCCCUUCCAGCCACUGCCUGCAGUGCAGCCCAGUGGCCCAGUGAACAUGGAGGAGGCCAGGCCCGAAGGGGGCUACUUCAGCAAGUAUUCGGAGGCUGCCGAGCUGAGAAGCACAGCCUCCCUCCUGGCCACUCAAGAAUCAGACGUGAUGGUCGGGCCCUUCAAGCUGAGGUCAAGGAAGCAGCGGACUUUGUCCAUGAUCGAAGAAGAAAUCCGAGCAGCCCAGGAGAGAGAAGAGGAGCUGAAGAGGCAGAGACAAGUCUUGCAGAGUACACAGAGCCCCAGGGCCAAAAACGCCCUAUCGCUGCCCUCCAGAACAACGUGCUACAAAACCGCCCCAGGGAAAAUAGAGAAAGUCAAACCUCCUCCAUCCCCCACAACCGAAGGCCCCAGCUUGCAGCCUGACUUACCCCCUGAAGAGGCUGCCGGAUCCCAGAGGCCCAAGAAUCUGAUGCAGACCCUCAUGGAAGACUAUGAGACACACAAAUCUAAAAGGCGCGAGAGAAUGGAUGAUAGUAGUGUCCUUGAGGCCACGCGGGUGAACCGACGAAAGAGUGCUCUGGCCUUGCGCUGGGAGGCAGGGAUCUAUGCCAACCAGGAGGAAGAGGACAACGAAUAGACUUUCUCUGAUCCAGGAAGCUUCUUUGGUGCUUGGAAUGCCAAGAAACCAAGAAAUUAACAAAUCAAAGCAUUUUAAUGGAAUAUUUAUUAAAGUGCAAACAAACUCCCGCAAUCCUUAGGUAGACCAGAAGCUGCAAUGUACAAUGAUGAGAAAUAAAUAAAUCAAGUGGAAAGGAAAUCCACCCAUCAAACUCUGACACCCAGGAGUCAAACGAGAAAGGAUUUUCUGUCUGUCUGGUUUUGGACCAAUCCACAAGUGAUGAAAAAGGACAAAGAAGUUGCAAGCCAGUCAACGUGGCUGCUGCAGACAACUGACACCAGCCUCACUGGGUGAUGAGGAAGAACAGGUGGUGGAGAUGGGGCCACUUAGAGCAGGGCCCGGGCUGACGCAGUCUACAUGGCAGUAGGGGAUUUUUCUGCACCUGUUUCCCACCCACCACUUGCAACAUCAGAGUUAAUUCCAUUAACUCCAGCAGCCAUAAAAUGAAUGAUGUUUCUCUCAGUAUCUGCCCAGAGGAGGCAGUUAUGAUUCCAUUUCUCUUACAUUUGAUUGUUUUUAAUUGGGAGCAAUUAAUAAUUGUAAUACAUGAAAUCCUUAUUUUUAAGACAAUAUUUCUUCUCGUUGCAAACAAUCUAUUCCACAUUAGGAGGUUGAGAAAGGGGGAGAAAGCCAAACCAAAUAGAUUAUUUUAGCUGUAGGAUCUUGUCUGCUUAUAAUAUUGACUGAUCUGCCAUUUAUGAGAACACAUUUUCAUAAUUAUGUUUCUUCAUAUGAAAACUGUAUUUAGUGGGCAACAACUAUUUUUAUGAUGGGAUUGGGGAAUAUAUAUGUAUAAAAAUCUGUACACAUUGAACAGCAUGGUUCAAGAUGGUAGGGGUAUUUUUAGAAUGGCAAUAAUUGAAAAAAGGCAAAUCUGCCUUAGAGAGUUAGAUGACAAGAAAUUCAAAAGUGUUUAUAAUUAUAUUUUAUAUUAUGAAGUAGGCCUUAGAGGUAGUAAGAAGAAUGACAGAAGAUUUAGGAUCAAUCAGAAAGGGAAAAAUAAAGAAAGGUCAUGAAGGUAGACAGAGAAGGGAAGGAGAGAGAGUAGGAAAAUAAGGAAAUAGAUAUUUUUGCUGAGCAAGCAGUGUUUUUCAGGAUGAUACAGAGAAAAAUAUAGCCUGGAAAUUUAAGUGCAGGCUUAGAAUCAGCUACAAAUCCUAAAGAAGGUGUGUGUGUGUGUGUGUGUGUGUGUGUGUGCGCGCGCGCGCAUUCCUACACCUUUGUGUAUUUGUGUAUAGAGUGAAUGUUCACGUGUGAGAAUGUGUGUGUGAGGAUUAAAAUUCCAGAAUGAUCAUGACACAUGGGUAUAUAGUUAGUUCCUCCAAAGCUGUUUGCCAGCUUCAGGAGUGAUUGAGAAGUUCUUUUUUAUGAAAAGGAAUAUAAAGGCACUGAACUGAUGCAGUAUUUGUAAUAUUAAAUUGACUGAACAUGGUAUUUGCAUGAGUCACGGUUGCAAAGUUUUGAGCAGUUCUGUAAUUUGACAUGUAGGAAAGCAUCAUAUUUAUUCUCAUGCUUUGUAUUCAUGCUUAGUAAACUAUAGAAGAUGCCAGCUUUACUCUUUUCUGUCAUUUAAAGCAAUACAAUAAGGGUAUUCAAUAAUUGGAUGCCCUAAAUUUCUGGAUGAGAAAAAUGUUCAAUUCCGGCCACGAGAGAAAAACUAACCAGCAUUCCCCCCACCCGUUUGCUUUAAAACUGGUCUUAAAAAGCAAUAAUGAAGUCAGACCUCACUAAAAUUCAUUUUUCUUUUCAUAUUGUUAUGUCAUAAGCUUUAAUAUGUUAUUUGGACAAGUAGCAGUUCCACAGAAUUUGUAUCUAGAUGUUAUGCACCUUGUUUUUGCUUCUUUUACUAGACUAGUGUCGACUUUGGGGGACAGUUUAUUCACAGGCAAAUGGUGGGUGCUAAGUAAAAACAGGUCCUUUAAAACUGCGAAGGGAAUCUGUAAUUGAGCACAUGGGCAACUGGCAGUAUCAUUAUGUAUUUUAGUCUUCUGAAUAUCUGAAUGAUUAUUCAACAAAAUGUGCUAGCUGCUGGGGACACAAAACUAGUAAGAGCCCCACUGCACGGUAUUUGUUUUUGAGUGGGGGCAGCUGGCAUGGAUACAAACAUUUCCAGGAAAAUGUAAUCCUUGAUAUAUCGGAUGUCCUGGUUGGUGAAAUGGGAGCACUCAGGAAAGAAGAUCUCCUUUGCCUGAAGCUUUGCAGCCGGGGGCCCUGGACACCUAGAAUGAAGACUGAACAGUAAGGAGGUGUCACCCAGGCCUACCCAUGACGAGAACAGCCGAGGCAGCAGCACACGUGUCCCCGGGCACAGCCACACUGAGGGUGGCUGGAGCGCAGGGUGGUCUGUGGUUGCACACAAAAAUAAAACAUGCUCCAUGUUAUACGAGACCGUAUAGAUGAUGUGGGCUAAUAGCCCCCCUGACUUACCUUAAAUUUUUUGUUUUGUUUUGAAGGAAACUGUGAACCCACAUUAACCCUACAUCAGAGAAGAGAAUUUACCACCAAAGGAAAGCUUAUGAGGCCACCCAAUUAAGUGAAAAGAUUGCAAGGCAGACAAACUAGCCUUUGACUACAGUCAUUGAUCCAGAAGCACUUAUUGCUUAAGGGAUAUCAUAAAAUUUUAGAGCUGGGGUCCGUUGGUCCAUCCAACAUGUUUCCAUGACCCUCCAUCAUCACAAAGCUGUUUAAUGUGGCCCCUACAUCCCUGACUUUUGAUCUUCACCCCCGACCCCGUGCUGCCUUCUGAAUGACUGCUGCACAUUUCCUUGCCCCACUCACUAAUCCUAUUAAGAUAGAAACUACAGUUCCCUCAGAAGAGCCAGAUUUUCACUGCACUCUUGAGGUUUUUACUCAUUCAAGAAACACGGGGCCCUGCUUUGUACAUAGCCCUGGGCUGGGCUCUGGGAUCCCAGAUGAACUCCUGGACCUUUCUGAAGAUGGGCCAGAGCCCAGUGGAAACGCACCCCUGCCUUGCCUUGUGAGAAACCGUGGGAUGCCUCCGAGGCUCAGGGGUGCCUCCAGCCCUACCCCGAAAUAAUACACCAGCUUGUUACUACUCUCAACUAUAACCAACAUUUAGAUUCUAUAGAAGUUAAGAGCUUUCCUGAAAGUAUUCCUUUCUGCAGCGUGUCUAGGUGUUCACCUCCCCCCAGAGCUGAUUAAGUACUGACAUGCCUUGGCUUUCUCAUCCAGAAAUUAGGGAAACAGGGUCUGUCAGUGGCAGGAGGCUGGGUUGUAUUUUACUUGGGGGACGCGAUGCAAUUUCCCUGUCUCUAUCCCCAUGCAUGCUGCCGACCCCAGACAACCACAUAGGAGCAGAAUAGAGUUCAGUGUCCAGUAUAUAUCCACACCUGCACCUACCUAUAUAUAUAAAGCAUAACGGGGAACAUUACACCAGUGUUGACUUGUCUCUGAAGACAAAUCAUUAAAAAUUUUUUCCAACUAAAGGAUGGAUUUAAUUAAACCAUACAUUGAAAAAAUAUAGCAUAAGUGUUAGAGAUGGUGACUAUAUCCAGUUUUAGUUACAGAACCAAUUUCCUGACUUUUCAGCAAACAGCUGCCAAUUUUGAUUUUGUGUUGCUCUUUACCCAAAAGACUUUUGUUUUUUUUUUUUUGGAGGAGGAGGAGGGAAAAAAGCAGCAAUACUGUGUUUGAAAAUUAUCCUCUGUAUCUGGCUUUCCUGUAUAUGUUAACCACCUUAAAUGUUAUUAUCCUGCUUCGGUUUUAUAGUGAUUGUGAGGCAUUCAAUGCAAGUAUAUAAUUAUUUUCUCAUUAAAACCCAAUGUGUGUUGUGUUUUUAUAA